GGUGUGGAGUUGAGUAAAGGAUAUCUUAUAGAGGGUGAUAUUCGUAUAUGGCACGGUGCUCCCCCGCCAGACAGUUCACGAAAGGAUACAACUACAAAUCAAGAGUCCCUAAGUAAACCGUUGACAAAUUCUCUCCAGAUCAGAAAUUCUGCUGCAGAGCAGAUAUGGUUAGAGAAAAUUAUACCUUAUGAGAUAGACCCACUCUUCAAUUCAACUGAAAAACAAACGAUCCUUAAUGCUAUGGACGAAAUUAUGAGUGGAGUUAAUAGAUGUAUACAAUUUAUACCUAGAGAACAGCACAAAGACUUCUUAUACAUCGAUAGCCGUAAUUUAGAUUGCUCAAGUGAUAUUGGGAAGAAGGGAGGUAACCAGUCGGUCUCUAUUUCUCGAGCAUCAGAAUGUGUUUCUAAAGGCAUCAUUAUGCACGAGUUACUUCAUGCGCUAGGAUUGUGGCACGAGCAUACCCGUACAGAUAGAGACAAUUAUAUAGAAAUAAUUUACCACAAUGUCCGAGCAGGUCACGAUCAUGAUUUCGACAAGAAUUCUAACACUAAACUCCUUACUCCGUACGACUACUAUUCAAUCAUGCACUAUAAAAUCAACCAGUUCUCCAAAUUUGCCAGGUUGUACAACACUAUAAGAAUAUUACAACCAGGUGUCGAUGAGACGAAAGUUGGACAACGGGAAUAUCUUAGUGACAAAGACAAGGAAAAGAUAACCAUCUUAUAUCAAUGCAAAAGAGCACUGAGGACAUCAUUCAACGCGAGUCAUACAAACUUGCUGUCAGGUUUGUUAGCAAAAGGUCCAAAACCAAGUGAUCAGAACACGGCUUUUGGUGAUGUUGAGUUAAGUCAAAGUAAUAAUGUCAAAGUUAAUGGCCUCACACCAUCGGUACUCAACAACAUAGACCAAGAACGUGUGAUUACGCCGGUCAAACCAACAAUACGUACAAAUAUAGAAGUUGUUAGUGAAUCUGUUAUGAAUUUGUCAUCACGAAAACAAGACACACCUAUAAAGAUGAAUGGAACUGAAACAGCAGAAAUUGGAAAGAAAUGAAGUUCCAUUCAAACUGAUCAUUAUAAAAAUGCUAUUUAUUUUGUGGCUUUAAUUAUGAUUUACUAUGCUAAUUGCUACAUUUAAUGCAAAAUGUGUGUAAGAUUGAACGCGUACUAGUCGUUUAUUUGACGUGCAAAGAAUUUGUAAAAGAGAGUUAUUAAGAAAAACAAAGAUUUUCCUUCUUCCUGGUUCCUCUAAUUUACACAGGCCCUAUAGUGUUUACU